GAGUGACCUCGUCGGUCUUUUGCUUCUGAUUCAGUCGAAAACAUGGCGUCCGAGGAACUCGCUGAAGAAGCUAUUGUGGCUGAUGCGCCUGAAAUCAAACUUUUCGGACGGUGGACCACCAGUGAUGUUCAAAUUAACGAUAUAUCACUCACGGAUUACCUUCCUGUAAAGGACAAGUAUUCCAAAUAUCUUCCCCACAGUUCUGGUAGGUACCAGGUGAAAAGAUUUCGAAAGGCACAAUGCCCAAUUGUUGAGCGUUUGGUCAAUUCAAUGAUGAUGCAUGGAAGAAACAAUGGAAAGAAGCUCCUUACAGUACGCAUUGUGAAACAUGCAUUCGAAAUCAUUCAUCUAUUGACAUCGGAGAACCCACUCCAAGUUCUUGUCAAUGCAAUAAUCAACGGUGGGCCAAGAGAAGAUUCAACUAGAAUUGGACGUGCUGGUACAGUCAGGAGACAGGCUGUUGAUGUGUCACCUCUUCGUCGUGUCAAUCAAGCCAUCUGGCUUUUAUGUACGGGUGCGAGAGAGGCUUCCUUCCGUAACAUCAAAACAAUUGCUGAAUGUUUGGCAGAUGAACUUAUUAAUGCUGCAAAGGGAUCAUCGAAUUCGUAUGCCAUCAAGAAGAAGGAUGAAUUGGAACGUGUUGCAAAAUCCAAUCGUUAGAAUUGUGAUCUUGUUUGUUAAUAAAACAUGUUCAACAUCUAUUGACGAUGUUUAAUUGGA